AUGCUCGAGGUGUAUGGCGUCCAGGGCCUCGAGGAGCAUGCCAAGGGGUGUGUUUUGGUGAAUAACUUUCCUGUGAGGACGGUGAAGGUGUUUGGACGCGUGAUGUCAUAUAUCCAUAAGAACUACGAUUCUGGGUGGAGCAACAACCCUAAUAACUUCUAUGUCAUGACUUUGGAUGACUGUUCUGGUGAAGUUUCUCAUAUCAACGUGAAGAUUCCAGAGUCCUGCGUUUAUGAACAGUUUGAGGAGGAUAGUAUCGUACAAGUAGUGGGGCAUGUUCUGUUUUUUCAGGAUUAUCUGAGACAGAUAGUGGGAGAUAAGCUAGACGUGUUAUCGCUUGGGCCUGACUUGAGCAUUGAAAUUGACUGCUGGAGAGAGAUUCUAACUGCAAGAAGACACCUACGGCAUCCCUGGACUUACAAGCCAGAAACAGUACUCUCCACUGGAUCAUCCAGAGAACCAAAGUUCUCCAAAAAAGACUACUUGCGACGCCUUGAAAAGCAAAACCUACGGAUCUCCGAUCCUUCAAGCCAGGCUCCACAGACCUUCCAUGUCACAGACAGCUUCAAUCAUAACAACAUAGAAGGGCUCGAAGUACUAGAAGUACAUUCCGACUCUGAUGCGGAACCUUCUUUUUCCAGUGAGCAGUGUAUUCCUCAACUCCACACUUUCCACCAAGAAGAACCAGACCAGGAACACAGCAAUGACACUGAUAUUGACGACGACGAAACGACUAUCCCAUUCCCAGCAGAAUCCCAUAUCAUAGUUCUUGACUAA